AUGGCAUUUCUGGGUCACAUUGACUGCGAAGGAACCAUGAUCAGUCGUGAGCUUUUCUGCAGCGGUGGGUCCAAGAACCAAUCGCAACAGGAUGAUAUCGAGACAAUCGAGGGUUCCAGGACCUACAUCAAGACCUUUGACCAGAAGAGCCUGCUGCAGGCUAUGGGCAGUCCCAGCACGGUGCGCUAUGUGGCCAGCUCCGAGUCGUCCAGCGAAAUGCAUUCAUUGGACGAGACGGAGAGCUCCAUUUUCCGCCGCUGUUUACUCGAAUCCCAAAGGACACUGUUGGCCGAAAACGAGGAAUAUGCAGACGAUCAAGAGCUUGAAACCGAAACAAUUUGCCUGCAUCUAGGAAGUCCUAGGAGUAGCAGUGGCAGCAACAAUACCUCAAGCAACAGAUCAAGCAACUCUCGCGAAUCCGAGGACCAGGAGAAGAGCUCAACCACCUCCAUGUGCAGCUGGGAGGAGGCCAUGUCCCGGGGUGAGAGCUCCCAGGAGGAGACUCGCAAUUUCAGUGUACCUUCACUACACCUGGGUUCCCAUCGGGGCUCGGCUCCGAUGACCUAUACCCGUCGCCUUCAUCCGCAGCGACUGGAAAGGCCAGCCGAUGAGGCCUACGAGAACUGGCUGUCGGCCAAGCAACAGCAGGCCAAAUAUCGUCGCCAGGCGGAGCAAAAGUCCAAGGAGGAGCAACUGCAGCGAGCGGAGCUGCGUCAGCGGUUGUCCCAGGAGCGAUUCCCGCCUGCUGCAAUGGGAGCGGGAAAAACUGAGGCUGGCGGAGAAGAGGCGUCUGCAGCUGCGAAUGCCGAGCAACGGAGACAGCAGGAAAACCUAAAGCGUCAACAGCAGGCGGAUCAAGCCUUCCAGCGAUGGAUGAGCCAUGUGGAUCAGCGACCCAAGCCAGUGCCCAGCAGUCAGGGAAUCAACUCUCUGAGAGGCACCAUCUCCGAACUGUACAUCAAUCCCAAUCGGUGGGUGGACUGA